AGAUUUGAAUUUAUGUAAAUUUUUUAAAUAAAAAUUGAUCUGAUUUUAUAUUAUAUUAUUAUUUUUUUCAAGGCAAAUUCAAAUCUGAAAAGCAAAUUUAAAAAUGCACUGAAGUCAGAUUUCAAAUACAAAUCCUUCCAAAAAAAAAAAAAAUAAAAAUCCCUGGAGUUGUCGAUCGAACUUCAAACCUUCAACUUGUUCGACGAAACCAGAGAGAAGAACUCUGAGCUCAACGAAUACAGAGCUAUGGUUGCCGGGCAUGAGGUUUCAUUCGGGGAUUCGUGAGAGUUUCGACAGCAAAGGGUAAGGGUCUGCGGCACUAACUGUAGCCUUGCGACGGUGGGGCUUCAACUAUUGGUUAUCGUCGGAGCAAUUUUAGAGCACCUCUUCAUAUUCAAGAGAGACUUUAAGUUUUCUGGCUUGCAGUGCUUAGAAUGAUAAAGACUUUCGUGUUUCCAUGUGCAGCACCAAAGCUCCCUUUUGCAAAGAUUAAAGGACCCAAUUCUUUCAUAGCUAAAGGAGUAAAGAUGGAGCUUUCUUUAACGCGACCUGAUGAUUGGCAUCUUCAUCUCCGUGAUGGUGACCUUCUUGAAGCUGUUAUCUCCCACAGUGCAAGUCAUUUUGGGAGGGCAAUUGUGAUGCCAAAUUUGAAGCCCCCCAUAACCACAACAGCUGCUGCUGUAGCUUACCGCGAAUCCAUAUUGAAAGCACUGCCUGCAAAUAGUGAUUUCACUCCUUUGAUGACACUUUAUUUGACUGACAACACAAGUCCUGACGAAAUCAAGCUUGCCCGGAAAAGUGGUGUUGUUUUUGCCGUGAAGCUGUAUCCUGCUGGUGCUACAACUAAUUCUCAAGAUGGUGUUACGGACCUAUUUGGGAAUUGUUUACCUGUUCUGGAGGAGAUGAUUGAGCAGAAUAUGCCUUUGCUGGUCCAUGGAGAGGUUACUGACCCUGAGAUUGACAUGUUUGAUCGUGAAAAGGCAUUCAUUGACACUAUUCUAGAACCAUUAAUCAAGAAGCUUCCACUGUUGAAGGUCGUGAUGGAGCAUAUUACUACUUUGGAUGCUGUUAAAUUUAUUGAAUCUUGCAAUGAAGGUUCUGUUGCAGCAACUGUCACACCACAACAUCUUCUUCUCAAUCGGAAUUCUCUCUUUCAAGGAGGAUUACAACCACAUAAUUACUGCCUUCCAAUACUCAAAAGAGAGAUUCACAGACAGGCUAUUGUAUCAGCUGUGACCAGCGGAAGUAGAAGAUUUUUUCUUGGCACUGAUAGUGCCCCUCAUGAUAGACGACGAAAAGAAUGUCCAUGUGGAUGUGCGGGUAUAUAUAAUGCUCCCGUUGCCCUGUCACUUUAUGCCAAGGUUUUUGAAGAGGCAGGUGCUCUUGACAAGCUGGAGGCGUUUACAAGCUUUAAUGGGGCAGACUUCUAUGGACUUCCAAGGAACACAUCAAAAAUCAAAUUGCUGAAGUCCCCAUUCAGAGUCCCUGAGUCCUUCUUAUAUUCAUCUGGAGAUAUCAUUCCCAUGUUUGCUGGCCAAACACUCGAGUGGCAGCCAUCCUUGGUUUGACUUCUUUCCCCCCGUUUCAUUUUAUUAUUUAGUAAAUGAGAUCGAGAACUGGGAACUUGUUUGAUUUGGUGAUUGAGAUCAAAAUUUUUGUUGUUCAAUAAUGUAAUUCUGUGCAAAUAAAUGGUGUCAAAUGUUUUAAAAUAAUAAUUAGUAGCAGCAGCAGCUGCUAUUGGCGUGCA